AUGGCGUUGCAGUCAGCGUUGCUUCGACCAUGGUUCCACCGGGUGACGACCGACUGGGAUCGUCGAAUCGAACCGAACCUGAACUUCUUCGUUUCCCGCGUAUUUUUUAACCGUACGUCAAUAGAUCAUAUGUCAACCGACGACAUGAUCCUUCGCUUUCGAUCGAAAUGGUGUCGAUCUAUCGGCUCUUCCAGACGGUUCCUCGCUGCGCUCGUCGCACAGCACUUGCUGGUGGUGGACGUUAUAUGUUUCAUCUCCGUAGUCGUAGUCAUAGUGGUGGUCGUCGUUCGUCUGUCACCUGCCGCCCGUCGGCGUUUAUCCGCCCUCGAGCAUCUCAUGAGUUCCUUAUCACCUCGUCUCGUCUCGUCUCGCCUUGCCUUUCUUGUCUUGCUGUACUCCGCCGCUACUCUUUUCUGA